CUUACCACAUGUGAAUCGGUUUGUUUUGGUUUUGUUCAAUCUUUGUAUUUAGUAGGUUUAAUUAUAGUUAGUUAAUUAAGUGAUUACAUUACAAUUACAUAAUCUGGUGUAAGUAAUUUACAAUCCUUCAAUCAUGGAUAACAUACAAUGCUCUAAUUGCAGCUCCAAAUCAAUUGAUGUUGAACAUGGUAGCUGGAUUUGUUUAAAUUGUGGACUUAUUGUUGCAGAUAAAAGUCAAUUUCAAUCAAAUGCGGAACACGAAGGCUUAACUUACACCAAUAAUAGUUUUUUCGAUGGCCAUCGAGGUUUACCCAAUUCCGUCAAACAUUCUCUUCAUCGAAAAGCAAUCGCACCGGCCUGUAAAAAUGCUUUAGAAAGGACUAAAAGACUUGGUGAAUAUUUUAAGUUCAGUCCUACCAUGAUGCAAAACUUAUUGGACAUCUUUCAAACGCUGUUAAAAUCAUCGAUCUUCAUCAAAAAGUAUACCAAAAACAAAGCUAUACUUGGUGGUGUUGUAGCCUUCAUUGUUACUAAUCAAGCUGGAAUGAUAUUACCAAUGGACACAAUUUGUGGACGAGUUGGUUGCAGUCUACCUGAAUUUAAAUCAAUUUUAAAUAUGGUUCUUGAAGCUAACCCAAGUCUGAAACCAACGCCGAAACCAAUUAAUGAUCUCAUACCUCACACUCUAAAUGAGGCAAAAUUUGAUGAAUCUGAAUCAAAAGUGAUAAAUGAACGUACUGAUGGUCUAGUCAAAUUAGUUAAAGAUGCAAAUCUAAUGGAUGGUAAACAUCCAACCUAUGUGAUACAGGCAGCUCUCUGUUUAGCUUGGAAAUCAAUUAAACCAAAGGAAAGAGGACCAAAUAAGAUAACCUUUAAAAAAUUUUGUAACAUUUGUAAAUUACCAUAUUCUGAAACUGGUAACCAACGAUUCAAAGAGUUACUUGAUUUCACAUGUACAUUAAUCACGUAUUUACCAUGGACAAAAGUAUCAAAGCAGGACUCAAAGUCAGAUAUCGCAUUUCACUUGAUGGAUAUCUUGAAUCACUCAACCUUACUUAUCCAUCGUCAUCGAGAAGCCAAUAAACCUAAGAUACCUGUUGUUAUUCAAGAAACAUCAAAUCUCAUGAAAAAUUACAAACCUGUUAUUUAUUCUGAAGAACCCGAAAUUUCUGAUAAAGAAAUAGAAAGUUACAUCCGAAGUAAAAAAGAAAUAGAGUUUAUAAAAGAUCUGCAAUCGAAUUUGCAGUCUUCAUCGCCAAAAGACUAAAUUCUGGAUUAAAUAAUCAAUAAAAUUUCUUUCAAGAUUCAA